AUGCCCCCUCAUCCGACCUCGUCAAAAACAUCACUAGCUUCGUCAUCUACCGAGGAGGAAUUCGAGAUGAGCAGCCUGCAAGAGGUUGUGGUAACGCCCAAUCCUACGCUCGCUACGCGUAACUACCCGACAUUCGACGAGGAAGACGAUGAUAAUAGUAGCGACUUGGACGAAGGAGAUCGGGCUCUAUUGAGUAAUGCUCAGAGCAGUCCACGGUGGCGGGAGAAGGCGCCGGAGAGUGCUUGGUCAACAGCCAAGGGCACAGCGCUGGAGACACUGCCAACUUUGCUGUUCACUACAGUCGGUACAAUGCUCACUGGCGAGCUUCUGGACCAUGUAUCGCGCUCGCGUGCCAUGACAUCUGUCAACGAGCUCAUCAUGAUCAUACCCGUCAUGCUCAAUCUCAAGGGCAACCUCGAGAUGAACCUGUCUGCGCGACUGGGUACUGCGGCGAAUAUGGGCGACUUGGACGAUCCUUCGGCGCGACGGUCUUUGAUCCUCGGGAAUUUGGCGUUACUGCAAGUUCAGGCGUCCGUUGUAUCAUUCAUUGCUGCAUGUUUCUCCUUCCUUCUCAGCAUCAUUAUUCCCGACGAGUCCAGCUCGCCUGCUACGCGUGCACCUCGACCAGCCAAGCCUCUUCAGGGUGGUCAUCUCGAUUCAAAAAUGGACGAAUUCUUCAUCGUUGCUUCCUGCGCCAUGGCCGCAACAUGCCUCUCCGCCGCCAUUCUCGGCUCAUUCAUGUGCGGCCUCAUCGUCCUCUGCCGCAAACUCGGGCGCGACCCAGAUAACAUCGCCCCUCCCAUCGCCGCAUGUCUCGGAGAUCUCGUGACGCUCAUGCUAUUCGGCCUCGUCGCGGCGUUCCUCAUCAAUUUUUCCUCUGCGCCGAUUUUUCCGGCUUUGGUUAUUUUGCUCAUUAUAGGAGGAGGCAUUUCUUGCGCAUUUAUUGUGAGGAGGAAUCAGUAUGUGAACCAUUUAUUGAGGGAGGGGUGGGUGCCGCUGUUUAGCGCCAUGGUAAUCACGAGCGGGUCGGGUAUCGUACUUGACAUGUUUGUUGAACGAUAUGAGGGUUAUGCGUUGCUCGCAAUAGCCUUCGCAGGUCUACCUGGCGGCACGGGCUCAAUCCUCGUCUCACGCCUCUCCACGAUCCUCCACGCAUCCACCGGCGUACACGAGAACGAAGAGAUUCGCAAACCCGAGACUUCAUCCGUGCAAGGCCCCAGCACCCGCAUCGUGAUGCUGACUCUCUUUGUCGUCGGUAUCCCCGUGGAGAUAUUCUUCCUAGUUUCGCUCGGUGUACUGGGCUGGCUCGAGACGCCUGUGCUAUUCUCGGUGCUCGCUCUGGGAUUCCUCAGCGUCGCUGUCGGGAUCUCGCUCGUAGUCGCACGAUAUCUCACGACUAUCCUAUGGAGACAUAAGCUUGACCCGGAUAUGUGCGCUCUCCCGAUCCAUUCGGCGUUGAUGGAUCUCGCCGGGCAGCUGCUGCUUGUCUCGUGCUUUGAGCUGGCGAGGUUGAUGGGGCUGAAGGUCACGCAGAAGAAGCACAAGAAGAACAAGAAAAAGCAUAGCGAUAGGCGGUUGAGUUGA